CUUUCUACAAUUUUAAAUUAAAUUUAUUAGAAUAAAUGCUUCGAACACACGCGAUCUAAGUACCUUUUGUGUUUAUUAUACCUUACCUACCUAGGUAUAAAAAGAGUACUUACGUAGAUUUUCUUUUAUUAACUGUUUUAUACGAAGAUCUUGAUCUCUCAAAUUAGCAUCCAUUUUACUUCCAGUGAUUAUCAACUAAAUUAAUAAUCCACAAAGUAUUAAAUAACGUUUUUAUGAAAUAUUUAGCACAAAAACAAUACCCUUUAAAUAUCGAUCGUCAGUAACUGUGGCUGACUUACCUAUAUUCUAGCAAGCAGGACUGCCAGAUGUGAAGGGGAAAUCCCCAAUAAAUUGUUGCAUGUGACUGAUGAUGUGAGCAUGUUCGUUUCAUAAUAAAAAUGUUGCCAGGUAACCAAAAAGUCGUAUGUUUUUGUGCGAAUUACGAUCAUAAUCUUUACGAUCGUACAUUAAAAAAUAGACAAAUAAUAGUAUGAGUACGAUUUAAAUCGUAUAUCUGUCAACCCUGCUAGCAAGACAGCGACAAAAUCACGUUGCAUAACAAUGUAGCCCAAGCUUAUAUCUUAUGAAAUAUACGGAAGAGAUACGGACUUAGAAAAAACAGAAAUGUUGUUCUUUGUGGAAGUCAUUGAUGAAAUUCUAUGUAUUUUAGCCCGCAAACUUUCUUCAAACAAAAACAGCGCCAUCUAGUAUCGAGUUCUGUAAUUAUCUCUUUGUUUAUGGAUUUGAAGUAAGACCGCCACGCAUGCAAUACAUUAUGACUGGGGAUUCCCCUAUUCGUCGACGCUGAAUAUGAGGCGACGACAAUCACUGUCAAACGUGUUCACUAUUACUCUGACUCUGGUAACGUGACUUCCUGGUAACGUGUUAGGUAGGAAAAGCAGUAAAAAAGUGCAUAUUAAGGGAGCAGAUUUGAAAUAAUAUUUAUACUUAACAAGAAAUAAUUAAAGGUUCAAUGGGGAGACCUAAAGAUUUACGCAUAUGGGAGCACUACCGUACUUUACCAAACAAGUCUGUUUCUUGCAAGCUUUGUAAUAAGGUCUACAAAUUCAGUAAUGCUGCCAAAAUGCUUCAACAUCUUAUCACUUGUCCAAAAUCUCCAGAAACAUUAAAAGACUCUAUGAAACUUAUAAAAGAUAGCUCGUCCAAAACCAAAAUGUCUGGACUGUCAGAGAUAGAGACAAAUGAUUCUUUUAUAAGCCCCUCGUCGUCUGCUAACACUACAAUAAAUGCUGAGUUUCAAGACACCGAUGAUCAUAUAAAAACAGAAUUAGCGAGAGCUAUAUUUGUAACAGGGACGCCAUUAUCGAUGGUGCAACAUCCUUUAUGGAUACAAUUUUUCGAAAAAUUGCAACCAAAAUUUAAAAUACCUUCACGUAAAGCUUUAGCGACAAAAUACUUAGAUAAAAUAUAUAGAGAAAUGCGUUUUGAGUUAAAUGAGGAACUAAAUGCUUGUAGUUACUUACACCUUCAGUGCGAUGGCUGGUCUAAUUUAAGAAAUGAAGGAAUAAUAAACUUUCUUAUAUCAAAACCUCAACCUGCAUACGUUAAAAGUUUGAAUACAGAAAGUAAUCCUCACACUAGUGAAUACCUUAGCCAAGAAGUUGAAAAAGUAAUGAAAGUGUAUGGAGCAAAUAAGUUUCUUGUACUUAUUGGCGAUAACGCUAGAAAUAUACAAAAGGCAUUCGAAUUAACAAAACUCAAAUAUCCACAUGUUGUUCCUCUCGGUUGCUGUGCACAUAUCCUUAACUUGUUGUGCCAAGAUAUUGUAAAGAUACAAGAAGUAACUGUGUUUAUUAUGCAAGCCAUAAAUAUAAUAAAAACUGUUAAAAGGAGUCAACGAUUAAGUUCCUUGUUGAUAAAAUCAAGGCAGGGUGAAGAUUCUACACAAACACUAAAAUUGCCUUGUGCUACAAGACGGGGAAGUCAUGUUACUUCGUUAAAAAGUUUGAAAGCAAAUAAGAUAGCUUUGCAAAUAUUAACAGUUAGAGAAGAUGUGGUAAUUUCAAGAGAUAUUAAAGAUUUAAUUCUAAGUGAUGAUUUCUGGACGAAGACAGGGGAAUGUAUAAGUAUUUUGGAACCAGUCACUGAAAGCAUAUUUUACUUAGAGAGCGACCAGAAUCGUUUGCAUCGCACAUACAUUACAUUUAGAGAUGUACAAGCUAAGAUACGUUUUGCAUUAAAUGAGAUUUCGACAUUGAGCGAAGAAAGCAAACAGCAGAUUCUAACAUCAGUAUCUUCAAGAUGCAAUAUGGCAAUGAGGCCAAUACAUUUUGCAGCAUAUAUUCUAGACCCCAGGACUCUAGGAGUCGAACUUACUCAAGAGGAAGAACUUAAGGGUAUGGAGUUUAUCUACAAUUUAAGCCAACACUUAAGUUUGUCAAAUGUAAUGGCAGAUUUGGCGUGUUAUAAAGCUAAAGAAAACUUUUGGGCCAGAGGAUUUGUAUGGAGCUCAUUAGAUAGCAUUGAGCCCCUAAUAUGGUGGAAAGGUAUUUGUGGUUCCACUGAGUUAAGCAAAGUAGCGAUUCGUAUUCUAUCAGCUCCCUGUACUUCGGCAGCCACUGAGCGUUCCUUUAGUAUCCAAGGCUACAUACAUAAUAACAAAAGAAAUCGACUUACAACUGAAAGAACUGAAAAAAUUUCAUUCAUUUGUUAUAACUGGAAUCUUAAACAUAAAGCUGAAUGCGAGGACAUUCAGUUUAAUGAAGAAAAUACCUUAGAAGCUUUCAUUGAGCAAGUAAAUGAACAUAACAGUUUAGACGAAAUAGAGCCUAUCGAACCUAUACAAUUCAUCGCUUGUAAUAACUCUGAAUCUGACAGUGAUUGACUGUAGUUUUACAUUUUACUUUCAUCUCUUUCUUAAUAAACUCAAAAUCAAAUUAAAAGUUUUUUAUUCUGUAGGCUGCAUAAUAAUAUUGUCUAUGUCCAGUAUAGUGGACGUCUUGCGGCUGAGAUGACGAUGAUGAAGUACAAAAUCAUAAACACCCAAAAAUUUGGGUGUUUAUGGGGUUUAAACCCAAUAAACCCAAAACACCCGGUUUUUACCCACCAGACUUUAAACCCACCCAGGUGGAUUGCCCAUCUCUAG